AUGGUCACACCCCCAUACCCUCCCCCUGCCCUGAGGAGGGUGGGGAGAGCUCUGAGGUCACUCUUCUGGCCCAGCUGCUGAGCUGCAGCCUGGAGUUGAUAAGACCUCUGCAGCUAGCCCUCCCACACGCCAGCCCAGCUCCAGCAGAGCUGCUGGCACCAUGAAGGACGACAUAGCUCUUCUGGCUACCAUCACUCUCCUGGGAGUCCUGCUGCAAGCCUACUUCUCCCUGCAGGUGAUCUCGGCACGCAGGACCUUCCGCGUGUCGCCGCCGCUCACCACGGGACCGCCCGAGUUCGAGCGCGUCUACCGGGCCCAGGUGAACUGCAGCGAGUACUUCCCGCUGUUCCUCGCCACGCUCUGGGUCGCCGGCGUCUUCUUUCACGAAGGGGCAGCGGCCCUGUGCGGCCUGGUCUACCUGUUCGCGCGCCUCCGCUACUUCCAGGGCUAUGCGCGUUCCGCGCAGCUCAGGCUAGCCCCGCUGUACGCGAGCGCGCGCGCGCUGUGGCUACUUGUGGCGCUGGCGGCGCUAGGCUUGCUCUGCCACUUCCUCCCUGUCUCGCUGCGCGCCGAGCUCCUGGGACGGCUGCGGACGCUGAUUACUUGGACCUGAGGACGCAGGAUCGGCGGAGCUGCGGAAAAGCCGGAGCCUUCGGAGGUCGGGGGAGGGGGUGGGGCAGAGGUGCUCGCCUCUGCAUUUCUCUGUCUGUAAUUAAAGUUCCCAUGAC